UUUAUGGCAUGACUGAACGCUGAUUUCUGUGGGGAGACUUCCUACCGAAGAGAAUGUGGUAGUAAAGGAGGCUCCUUUCCUCCUUGCCUCGUUCUCUCCGCGCUCCGUUAGGCUUUUUACUCAGUGAGAAGAGAGGCUAGGCGAGGAAAUUUGCCGGAACUUAACACGCCAUCGCCAGACUUAGUCGCCUCAUAAUCUCAGUCAUCCGCAUUGAUCGAAAUACACCAUGGAGUUUCUAUUCCGAAAUCGCGAUCCCGGCAAAAGACAAGUCAAACCCUCUCAAGACAUCGCUUUACUUGAGGAUCAAUUAGCCGGUGAUGAGAGCUCGGACGACUCCGAAUUUCAAAUCGAUGAAGAAAAGCACAAGGACAAAGAUCGCGAUGACAGCUCGGGCGACGACUCUUCCUCCAGUUCCAGCAGUGAAGUCGAAUCCGACGACGAUGAGGACAAUAACGAACUGGACAAUCUCAAGCAAGAGCUCAACACGAAGGAUCUACUCGCCCUCGCCGCCAAAGUCAAGGCUGAAGCAGUGGAGAAACCGCCGGUUUUGAUUUGCGGCGUGUGUUUGGGUCAAUCGAGCAGCGAUGCCAAUGAGAUUGUCGAGUGCGACGGUUGUGGCAUUUCUGUGCAUGAGGGAUGCUACGGGAUCAUGGAGAGUGGUUCCAUCGCUUCCACGGUCUCGGAGGCGAGCACCGAGCCGUGGUUUUGCGAGCCGUGUCACGCCGGACUCAAAAUCGCUCCCAACUGUGAUCUCUGUCCAUGUGAGGGAGGCAUCUUCAAGGAGACGGACGUGGGACGGUGGGUUCACCUGGUGUGCGCCUUGUACAUGCCCGGAGUGGCCUUUGGGCUGCCCGAUCGUCUGACCUGCAUCACCAUAUUCGAAAUGAACUACGCCAAUUGGGGUCGGAGGCCGUGUUCCCUGUGUGAAGAGCCUCGCAUGGCCAAGACUGGCGUGACCAUCGCGUGUGACGCCGGCAUGUGCAAAUCAUAUUUCCACGUGAUGUGCGCUCAAAUUCACGGCCUCCUCCAGGAGCCCGCUUACGGCGAGUCUGACCCCUAUUUGGCUCAUUGUCGCGUCCAUACGGACAAGACCGUGAUUCGCCGACGGAAACACGCCUACCUCACGUUGCUCAUCGAGACCAAGAAGCGCAACGUGCUCACGGUCGCUCGACACAUGAACAAUCCUUUGCCGGCGGUAGACGGGAAACGUGACCUGAGCACGGAAACCCCGGAUCAGCGCAUUCUCCGGAAGCUCGCCCGACAACAGAUCAAGUUCCAGAAUGAGACCGUCAAACGCAUGCCAUGGGUUCCGACGCAGAAGAUGGCACGCCUGAUCACCACCAGCGCGUCUGCGGUGCGCAAGAUACAGCGUAUGGGCGAGAUCAAGGGCAUGAGUGUAGGUCGGCAAUUGCUUCACGAGCAGCAAGUUCUUAGUGUGGGCGAGUCCAAGAAGAAAUGGGGCGUGGCCCCCGCUUUGACCGUGGAAUACGUGGCCUAUUAUGGAGAUCGUCAGAAGCGGAUCGAAGAAUUGAAAUCAAAUUUGUCAGAACACAUCCAUCGGCAUUCCCAACUCCGAAAGGAAGAAACCAUCAUCCGACCCAAGUACGAGCUCUUGAACCGGAACAGCGAGACAUCUCGGGAGAAGAAUGAGAGCGCUCGGGAACUCGCCCACAUGUUUCGCAAUACCCUCUCAGUUCUCACUCCUUCCGGGGGAGCCAAUAUUCCAGAUUGUGUGGCAUUGAAACCGCUGAUCCGGGCCGUGGAGAUUAUCACGCCCAAUGUGCAAGCCAAGGCCACGGUGUGGGGCCAAUCCAUCUCCAUGAAAACCUGUGCUCUGUGCAAAAUGACCCGGGACCAGCAUCUGCUCGCCCAUUGCGACACGUGUCAGUUGAACUAUCACAUGGGCUGUCUCACUCCGCCGCUCACGCGGAUACCGAAAAAAUCCAAGUUGUACGGGUGGCAGUGCUCCGAAUGUGAUAGAGCCACCGCCCACGAGGAGGUGCUGAAUGUCGAUUUAGGCAGUAACGGACAGAGGAAACGGCGUCAGGCCGCAGCCAAGGCCAUGGCCAAGACCUCUCGAGAUAACAGCGAUUGGGAGUCGGGUUGGGAGCAACUCAAGUCUUGGGAAGAUGCCAAUGGGAAAAGUGAGGACGAUGCUAUAAGCGAGGCUCGCCGUCAAAGUCUCAUUGAGAGUGCCAGCGUCAUCAAUCCAACCAACACCAAGACCAAGGAGCAACGCAAGAAGGAGAAGGAAGAACGACGGGAAGAGCGUCGGAAACGGAAGGAGAAGAAACGCAAGAAGAAAGAGGAGCGCAAGAAGCAGCUCCAAAACCUGCAAGAUGCCUCAUCCGACGGUGAAGAAUCGGAGGACCUGGAGAUGGUCGAGGACGAGAACGGCUGCACUGUGCGGAUCAAGCCCAAAAGCAUCAAGUUGAAGAUCAAAACACCCAGUAACCCGGCCCUCGCCCCAACCACCAGCAACGGGACGGCGCAUCCCUCCUCAACCUCAACCCCCAGCACCACUACCACACCUAACAUCCCCAUUCCAUAUAAUAAUGGGGUCGACGAGGCCCUGAGUCGCAGCAGCGGUGGUUCACCGGUUGAGGUCACGCCCACCAGUGGGAGUCCACCUCGCAAACGCCAGAAACGGCGAUCCGCACCCAAAGACCAGGAUCUGCGGACAUUGUGUGACAAGUGCCACACAGUCGGCACCAAUUCGAAUCUGGUUCGCUGUGAUGAAUGCAAAAAGUGUUACCACUUUUCAUGUCUCAUUCCGCCCUGCCGAAAAAGCCCCAAAGUGAUGGGCUACAGUUGGCAUUGUAGUGAAUGUGACCCAUCCGAGGUGGAAUCGGACUGGCAUCUCGAUUGAUUGCAUUGGUGCGUGAAUGUGUGUAAAUUGAUUGUGAGAUUCGAAGUGUCGCGCCGCAGCUAAAAAAGAUUCCUUCAGAGAGAAACGAAACCCCCAGCUAAUCUCGAUCUAUGCUCACCAAUCUUGAUGAGAGAUAAUAAAGUUUUAGUUUGGUCCCA